GCGGCUCAUUCGAAGCGACGCAGGCGCAGAGCGCGGCUGGGUGAUUCUCGGGUACUUUGGUCGGCGGGUUUCGGAGAGGCGGAGGACGCGCGACCGGCGGCGUCUAGUGCGGGCAAGGUAGUUUCUGAGCAUAUUCCGCUGCGGAUUGUUUUGCUUCCAGGACUUUCUUCACACGGAAGAUUAGUGUGUGAGAAAUGAAUAGCAAUGAACUUCAGGCUUGUGAAGAUGAAAUUAAAUCUUUGGAAGAAGAAAUUAAAACGUUAACAGAAGAAUAUGAACACAGUCAACAUCAAUCAAUGGCAUACACUGAUGCAGAAAUAAUGGAGACUAUGAAAUUACUUAGAAAAGAGCCUGAAGAAGAACUGAAACAAUCUGAAUCUUCUCCAGAUCAGGAAACUCAACUCAACUUGUUAGAAGCUGAUCUCUCAUUUCUAAUGAAACUUACAGGCAUUUUCUUUACACAUUAUUCCCGGAAACUUGCAGGAAAAAAUGGAUCUAAAACUAUUCAAAGUUAUAGGCUGUCAGGAAAUUGUCAGCCAAUCUCAUUUCAGUUGGAAUUUAAACUCAUGGAAGAAAGUCAGAUGAACAGAAAUGUUUCAGCUAUAGUAACUGACCUUAACAUUAUAAUAGCAUGUGACACGUAUUGUGAUUUAAGCAAGCUUGUUUCAAGGGUUGAAGAAGAUGGGAAUCUCUUGCUGUUCUUCAGAAGUCUCACUUGUAUCUCUGAAUGUUGUGAACAUCGGAAACGUACUUUCGCUCAUUUUAAGAAUAAGUAUCCUGAUAUUGUAGUACUUCCUGAAGGUUUAUAUGGAGAUUACAUGAUCUUAAGAAGCACUCAACUUCCUGGAUUUGAAUUAAUGAUUGUUUGGAAGAUACAGGUAGAUGAAAAAGGAACCAUUACACCAAUCUUGGAUCUUCUGAACAAAAUACCACUACAAGGUGCCAUAGCUGACAGAUUUGCAUCUGAUGCUCCAUGCUGCUUCCGAAGCCUAUUGCAUGUGGUUGGGAUACAGGCCUCCAUUGAAACUGUGAUCCGUUCAAUUUCCAAAGGCAAAUGAGUGCCAGGAAAACCAGUUACGCAUCUAUCAUUUUAUUGAAUAUAAACAUUAAGUUAUUUUCCAUUUAGAAACCAUACCCAUAAAACAUGCUAUCUGUACAAUUAUGGCACAUAUAUAUAAAUUGUCAUGACAAAUAAAUACAGCUAUUUAAAUACAAAAUGUCAAAUCAGAUACAAGUAAAAUGCAUUUCAUUAAAAAAUUAACUUUCUGAAUCAAAGUGGUUUUUCCCCUUCUAAAUCAACUCCUAGAACCUCCUCAGAUCAGCCUGAUAAAUUCAAGUCUAAAAAAAGUGGCAGUUUCAGUUCACAGCUGUAUAUGUAACAGUGAUUCUAGAAUAAUAAUGAUACAGAACAGUUUGAUGACAAUCAAAAUUAAGCUACAGAAACAUCAUACGGUAGCACACCUACUACUUCUUCCACAAUCAGUGAUUGAAGGCAAACCAGGUUUAUCAUACCUCUCUCAUAAAACAGAAUUGAGACAUUUUAAUUUACAAAGCAUAAGCUGCAGUUUAUUAACCACAUGCUCCAAGAAGACUGAGUACAGAAAAGGGCAAAAAUGAUGGCAUUGAUCUGCAUAUAACUUGCCCAAAUAUUCCAGUAUUCACUUUCCAUAUUUAGAUCUCCCAGGAUCAACUUUUUAAAAUGCAACUCAAGUAUAUAAGUAGCUAUGUAAAGUUCUCACUGUUCUUUUAAAGUGCUGUAAGUUUUUUAGAAAAAGCAAAGUUUACAUCAGUUUUCAAAGGUGAAGACUCAAACUGAGCACCUCAACCAACAUUUUCAUCACAUGCCUUCCUAGUUAUAGACAGUAAGAUGCAACAAUCUAAGUUAAAAAGCUUGGUUAAUAAGCACUCACCAUCAUUUUACACCUGCCAAUGCAGCUUUAAGUAAGCUUAGCAGCUUAUCAUAUCAGCCCAACCUAAAAUGGUUACUAUCUUAGGUUUGCCAAAACUAGGAUUUCUACUCAAGAUUACAAAUUCUGCUUUCUGGAAGCAAGUUUUGGAUUCACACAUGGAAUGCCACAGGAGACCUGCACAGUACAGUGAGCAAAAUAGCACUAAGCAAGAU